AUGGAUUUUAAAAUUGGCUAAUUAAAGUCGGAACACCUUGAGAACGUGAUAUGUUAAAUUUCACGUGUUUGGUAAAAGGGUGUGAAUUCGCAGUACCUAAUGAAAGCGCUUGUUGAUAUAUCAAAGUUAGAACCGUGUAAUGAGUGUUUGUAGCAGAAUUAACACCUUGGCAUGGCUUGAGCACAAUCGUCAGAUUGUCAGUAUAUAUAAAGGUGUGUUCAAAUAUAUUGCAUGUAUGUUAUGUUCACUCUUGUUAUUAAAAAUGAAGAAAGUUGCAAUUUUCGGGGACAGUCACGUCUGGCGACUAGACGCAUUCUGCAAUGAGGACCUCAAGGUGCCUAUGGAGGUGCGUUUCUUUGGUGCGGGCGGGAUGAAAGCUUCCAAACCCAAACCAGGACUUUUGAAACAGGUGAAGAUGUACGGGGCGGACUUGGUGGUAGUGAGUUUGGGCGGCAAUGAUAUCACAACUACAUCCGUACCGAAGGACAUAGUGGCGGCCGUACUUGACAUUGCCCAGGACUUCCUUGACAGUGGUGUAUCUACCAUCCUGGUGUUGGAGAUUGGGGAGCGUGGAGCAUUCCGGGACGGGUUGGGGUACAGGUCUUUUGCAAGCUAG